AUGUCAAAAACACGUCAUUCACUUGAUUUUUUUAUUCAAUAUCCAAUGGCAUUAAAAAUAGCACUUGUUACUUUUAUGUUUAUAAGUAAUUUGUCGAGAUUACCUUAUAAUCAAUUAUCAAUGCAACUUAUUGAUAAAAAUUUAAUAAAUCAACAUCAAAAUUUCUUUAUAACAUUAUUAUGGAAAUAUUUAAAUGUUAUUUAUAAAGAAAAAGACGCAAUACGUGCGAUAGAAUUGAUUAUUUUUCAAUUUCUUCGUUAUCAAUUAUUAAUGUCGGAAAUGGAUAAUAUUAUUUUAAAUCAAUUCAAUCCAGAUCAGUUCCAUCCAUUGAUCAGAUCUGUCCUUCGUCUACCUUAA